AUGAAAGCCAAGGGACAGGCCUUCAUUGUCUUCUCCAGCGCCGAAGAGGCCGAGAUCGCACUCGACUCCCUGCAAGGCUUCGAGAUCUUCGAGCGGCCUAUGAACGUGCAGUAUGCGAAGACGAGGAGUGAUGCGACAGUGCAGAAAGAGGAGGGCGAGGCAGGACUGGAACAGCACAAGAAGCAGAGAAUUGCGGAGAAGGAACGCAAGCAAGCCAUCGAAGCCGCGGAAGCACAAGCCAAGCCAGCGAAACGCGCCGCAGCAGAGUCGCUCGCCGAGCGGCCUGCAAAGACUACGAAGCCUGGCCCAGGCGGCGCGAACCAGGACGAGUACCUUCCACCCAACAAGAUUCUGCUGCUUCGCGAGCUGCCAGAAGACUAUGGCAAGGAGGCUCUCACAGCUGUCUUCCAACGCUUCCCUGGCUUCAAGGAAGUGCGUGUUGUGCCUGGUCGCAAGGGUUUGGCUUUCGCCGAGUACGAGGACGAGACUGGUGCUAUCGCUGCGAGGGAGGCCAUGAAUGGCGUGACGCUGGGAGAGAAGAAUAUUCGUGUCACUUUCCAGAGGCAGUGA